UCGUCAAGCUGACGGCCCAAACAUCCGGCCAAGAAAGCGGAAGAGAGGAAGACGACACCCCAAACAAAACGCCUGCUUGACGUAGUUUGAUUUAAUUUUUUAAAAAAUCAUUAAAAUGUUGAAAGGGUGGGUGAAUGAGCGACUAAUGGUGGCAGCUGAUGAAAUAGUCGCGCUGUUUGAACGAACGAUAGCGUCGUACGAGAGGGAACUUUCUCGAACAAGAGAGAAGGAGCGACUUCGUGAUCCGCAAGACCGUCAAAUUGUGCUAAACAUUGAAGACGUCCGGCAGCUGACUGAUCAUCAAGAAAAAUAUCCCCCUCUCCAUGGAGAGGAUCCACAGCCCACCCUGUUUAAAGAAGAAGAGGUGGAAGAGUGUCAUCUACGCCUGGAGGAGGCUGAUCUCACCAAGUUUCCACUGACUGUUGUCUCUGUGAAGACUGAAGACCAUGAAGACAAACCACCUGAGUCCUCACAGCUUCAUUAUAAUUCAGGUGAGGAGAGUAGAGGGGUGCAGCCUCCAACACGACACAUGACAACAGAUGCUGGUGGAGGAUCACAAGCAGACAACCUCUUAGCUCCACUAUCAGAUGGUGACAUUACAACGUCACACUCUCCUGAGAAUGAAGACUGGGACGACGCACAAGAACCUUUGAGCAGCCAUACAGGCUGUGGAGACCUUCUUUCUGGCCACCCCUUGCUCGGCACGCUGCAUCAACCAGUGGGGCAAAGCACACCUUACCCAAACAAACAAUGUAAUCAAGAGGAGAUGGUUUACGUCCUGCUGAAGGAAGAUGACCAUGCUGCUGCAAAUGAUUUUCUGCUUACAAAACCACAGAUGUUGAAGGUCUCUGAAUUCAAUGUUGUCAGUAGGGGAAUCUUAUGUGCUGGCAUAGAUUCUGCACCAAACUCUUCUGGUGGAAUUUACACAGAAGGGGAUCGCAGUCAGACUCAGUCAGUAAACUCACAUAACAUGGAAGUGGCAUCCAGUGCUGAUCAAAUGUUGUCAGAAUUUGGGAUUAAGGGCUACGCGAGACCCACAACCUUCACAGAACAGUUGCCAGCGCCAGAGGUUCCAACUCCGCAAUGGUUAUUAGGUGAAACGCAAGGAAAUAACAAAGCUUAUGAGUACAGCAGUGUUCCCCUUCCAGAAGAACAGCUAGAGGAGCCAUCACUACUGGAUGAGGGACAAAAUGAAUCUGGCUUGACUACAGAGAAGACCCUUGUUAAAAUUGAAGGAAAGAACUAUUGGAAAGAAAAACAACAGUCCGGUAAAAAAGUAAAAUGCCUGCAAAAUACUAAGAAAAAAAUAAGUGGUUUACCAUCCAAUAAUGGUGCGGAACAUGAGGGGGACACAUCUUCGCAUGGAAUCUCAAAAGUGUGUCUAAGGUCAAGUACGUCUCAAGAUACGACCACAAAAAGUGCAUUCCCACCUGGGAGUCGUGGGAAGUGUAUCUCCACUCAGGGAAAAGCUAGCUCAAAAAAAACACAUUUCCCACACCAGGAUCGGUCUGGCAAUAACAAGACCGAAUCUUUAAGGACGAGAUCGACUGGAGAUGCUGCUAAUUCCAACAAGCCCAUAUCUGAAAAGUCUUGCAGGGAAUCUCUCGGAAGUACCAACUUUUCUGGAGAAGAGCAGUCUUUGAAACAGUUUACAAGACAAUCCAAUUCAUUAUCGGGCAAUACUGGUCUCCCGAGUUCUCCGUGCGCCGACUUGCUUAAACAUGGCCUCAGUUCAAGUGAGAGCGGAGAAACGAUUGCUAAAAGAACCAGGCUGAAUAAAGGCGGGAGUAGUUCGGGACCAGUGAAAUUACAGAUGGUCCAGAAAUUAGCUAUAGCAGCAAAAGCCAAGACGGUUGCAAAACUAAACAGAUCCAAGCAAACCAAAUUAAAGAACACGGAUAGAGGGACCAAGCAUGAGACUGGAAACAAAUGUAUACCUCAAGCUGUUUGGACUGUGCCAGCCAGGGAAGCUACCUCAUUACGGUCCCCAAGAGCUCAGAGUCACGCUGACGCUUCUCCCCCAGGUCUUUCCGUCAAAACGCCGCCUAUCGUACCACCACCGGAGCCUCCAUCCGUCAUUGGUGACCGUCUGCUCAAGAACCAGUGUGGGCAAUGCGGUCGUGUUCUCAGCAGCUCUGCUGGCCUCGAGAGCCACAUGAACCUCCAUACAGGUCACAGACCAUUCCCUUGCACUCUCUGUAGGAAGAGCUUCACGGACGCCGGCGGUCUGAAACGGCACGGCAGAGUGCACAGCAACGGCCGGAGCCAUAUCUGCCAGCAAUGCGGGAAGGAUUUCGUCUACAAGUAUGGCCUCACCAAACAUGUCCAGGUGGUACACACCAAAAAUAAAUCUUUUGUCUGUCAGUUCUGCAACAAGGCAUUCUUCACAAAGUCGGACGUGGACGCCCACGUACGUCUCCACACGGGGGAGAAACCAUUCCAUUGCCACUUAUGUGAAAAAAAGUUUGUCAAGAAGGUGGAGCUAAACCUGCAUCUGAGGUGGCAUAAUGGAGAGAAAAGACAUUGGUGUCCAUUUUGUGGGAAAGGAUUUUUUGACUACAAUAACUGGAAAAGGCACAAGUAUAUCCACACGGGAGAGAAACCAAAGUCUUGUCCACACUGCCCCCAACAUUUUACACAGUCAGGCCACUUGAAAAAGCAUAUCAGAAAUGUACAUAAGAUUCAAUAAGAAGGUAUGUUCUACCCUGCGGUUAGGUGGCGACUUGUCCAGGGUGUACCCUGCCUGAGAUAGGCUCCAGCAUCCCCCGCAACCCCGAAAGGGACAAGCGGUAGAAAAUGGAUGGUUAAAUGGGUAUAUUUUGACCUUUUUUUCAUUUAGAAUGUGUUUGUGACACAUAAUUAGAGGCUUAGUUGGCCACGUGCGUGGACAGCACUUUUUAGCUCUUAUUUCCAAAAUUGUGUACACUACUGAAUUGGGGUCUUAUGGCCGCUUAUGUGGACACUUAUACUGCCAUCUGGUGGUGUCAGAAGAGUAAAACAUACAAUGAAAUUUGGGGGAAAAAAGUGUAAAAAUAAGGGUUAGCAUGUCUCUAAACAUGAAGUACACGUUUUUUUUACUUAUGGACUAAUAGGUACAUCAUAUCGAAAGAUGAUUCUUAGUUUUUAUUCUAAUUAGGGUCGAAUAAGCCCAAAUAGCAAAGAGAAAUAAAAAAAAAAACAUGUAAACAAACAGCUUGGGCCUUAAGAGGUUAAUACUUUAUUUUUAAUUUAUAAAGAAGUUGUUUUAAAAAAUAAUAAUACAACCUAUCAUUUUGGGUUAUUAUUAUUUUUAUUUUUUUGAUAAACUGCACUCUUAUUCCGUUUUGGCUCAUUUUUGGCCAAUUACUAAUUUUGCUGCGCCUCUGGGGUUCCACAGGGUUAAAUUUGAGCAUACUGUACCUCCCUCAACCCAACUACUCCUACUAUGACUUUGUGACAUCAAAGCUCGGAAGAUUAUUUUUACUUUUGUUUUACUUUUAAUGGAAUAAAGAUCCAACAGGUCUUGUGAGUCUCCCCCAUUGACUCAGGAUUUGGAAUUGUAUAUAAGCCCAAAAACAACAUUCAGGGAGAGAGGUGAAGCAGAGCAAAAAUAACCCCACAAUAUUAAAAAAAAUAUAUAUAUUUUUGUCCUUUGAAUUGUUAUAAAUGUAUUUUUUUAUGCUUCCAAUUUGUAUUUUUAUUUUCUUGUGUUCAAAACCGCUGAAUUGAACUUUACUUAUUAAAAUACUGGACAAAC